AGCCGGGGCAGAGCCUCUCCGGCGGUCAACGCGGAAUUUUUCAAGCAGCUGCUGGAACUUCGCAAGCUGUUCUUCCCAAAGCUGGUGAGCGCCGAGCUGGGCUUGCUCUGCCUCCACUCGGUCGCUCUGGUUUCCAGGACCUUCCUCUCCAUCUAUGUGGCCGCCCUCGAUGGGAAGAUUGUGAAAAGCAUCGUGGAAAAAAAGCCCAGGAGCUUUGUCUUCAAAUUAAUCAAAUGGCUGAUGAUUGCAAUCCCGGCCACUUUCGUGAACAGCACCAUACGGUACCUGGAGUGCAAGCUGGCCCUCGCCUUCCGCACGCGCCUGGUGGAUCACGCCUAUGAGACCUACUUUGCCAACCAGACUUACUACAGAGUGAUCAGCAUGGAUGGGCGGCUGGCCAACCCUGACCAGUCCCUCACUGAGGACAUCAUGAUGUUCUCGCAGUCCGUGGCGCAUCUCUACUCCAACCUCACCAAGCCCAUCCUGGAUGUUGUACUCACCUCCUACACCCUCAUCCGCACAGCACGGUCCCGGGGUGCUAACCCCAUUGGGCCCACGCUCCUGGCUGGGCUCGUCGUCUACGCUACGGCCCGUGUGCUCAAAGCCUGCUCGCCCAAGUUUGGCAAGCUGGUGGCUGAGGAGGCGCACAAGAAGGGCUAUCUGCGCUUCAUGCAUUCGCGCAUCAUUGCCAAUGUGGAGGAAAUCGCCUUUUACCGAGGGCACAAGAUAGAAAUGAAACAACUGCAAAAAAGCUACAAGGCUUUGGCAGAUCAAAUGAAUCUCAUUUUGUCCAAACGUUUAUGGUACAUCAUGAUAGAGCAGUUCCUGAUGAAGUAUGUCUGGAGUAGCUGUGGUAUGAUUAUGGUCGCUGUGCCCAUCAUCACCGCAACAGGAUUUGCAGAUGGCG